CAGAAUAAAAACAGUAGGACGGGCAAAAUAACAAUCACUAAAUCCAAAUGUUCGCGUCUAUGGAUUUCAGGCGAUUAUCCUUGAGAUAUAGUUAUGGUAGUGGUCUGUAAAUGAAAAUAUGGCCGCUGGGAAUAGUGCUUCGCGUUUAGGCGAAGCAUUGCAAGCUUCUCCUCAGAAAACGAAUUUCACAAAAUUGACAAGRCUGUUGAUUUGUGGAGGAACUCACGCACUUAGAGAAUUGCUCGACUUUAUCAUCCUUCCAAAAGAUCUCACCAACAGACUGAGGGAUCCUACCGUCUUCGGAACCCUAGAUGGCUUGAGAAGARGAAGGAUACUGACUCAGGAUCAGUGGAAUAUUCUGUAUCCUUCAUCUGGCGUUGUAGUCGAGUCAAAAUCCUUCGACAUUACUUUACUUUUCAAGCUGUUACGAGAAAUCUGUGGUCUUACAGCACCAGUCGUCACUGRAUGGGACAAACUACCCAACAGCACAGAUACUACCGUGGAAGCAAGCUUGGCGAGAAUCAAAUACUAUCGCAAUACAUUAUACGCUCAUGUCAACAAUAUGGAAAUCAGCGACGAGGAUUUUAAAAACUAUUGGAGCGAAAUCAAAGAAGCUUUGCUAAGGAUAUUUCGUUCAAUAAGUCCUACGUCGGAGGCGGAGUUUGAAAGAAAAAUAGAUGACUGCCUUGCUUCUCCUAUAGCUGAGGACGAUAGCAAAGAUGUGAAGGAGCUGAAGAUGUGGUACAUGGAAGAGGAGAUAUCGAAGAACUCCGCAAAACUGGAAGAAUUUGAUAAACAAAUAAAGGAAUUAAAAGAUUCUAUGAAAGACAGAACUACACCAGUCAUAACAGUAUACCCAGAGAUCGCUAUACAAGCCGUCAUCAAGCUAGCUUCAAGAGGGUUCUGGCUGGCUGGUAGUGUGUACAUACUGAACCGCUAUAAAGAUGAUCCAGAAAAUUUCUUAAAAAUGGUGAAAGGAUUUGUUCUUCCGACUGGUGUGCUGGUGUUUGCUAUGACAAAUGGGUCUAUACGACUACAGAUAAGAGUGAUGACCUUGAACGGUCUGGAAGAAGUCUGGGAAAGGUACCAAACUGGUCAACUAAGAGAAGACCUUCAAAAAGUGUUGGUCAAUGAAUGUGGGCUUAAGGAACAAGCAGAUGGUGAUGUGGUUGAGGUAGACGUCACUAUCUGUGAAGAUGAAUACAAAACAGCUCGUGAACUCCUUAAAGCAUUGCAACAUUCAGACGAGGAAGCUCAUGAAGAUUCUAAUUCCAGAUAUGAUAAAGAUGACCCAUCAAAGAGUACUGAGGCUGCAACUGAAGAUCCUGAUGAAACAAUGGAUGAAUCCAAAACAGAGAAGAGAACUGAUGAAGAAACUCAAGAUCCUAAAAGCCCAACGCUUAAGUUCAUACAAGGAAAGCAAUUUAAAGUUGGAGAAAGCAUUUUCCAACUUCAUCUCGCCUUCAUCACAUCACUGGACCAAGAAGGUCAAGCGCUAAAAAAUCUGGAGAAAAACUCCAACAUCGCAGAUGCAUCGUACAGAAUUCAGGCUAGCAGGGUUUUCAACGAAGAAAGAAAGUCUUUCAUGGAAAAGUGUGAUGACUAUGGCUCAAUGAAUGCAGGAGCAAGGCUAUUACGUUUGCUGGAGAUGACCGAUGCUAGGAAUGUCGUUGUUAUCCUGACAUGCUGGCAUAAAGGAAAACUUCUGCAGCCUGUAGGAAAGCUGAUAAGUCAAAAAACCUUAGGCUUGCUUCGUUCUUCAGGGCUCUACGAGGUCAAAACGCCUUCCAAAGACAAAGAACUAUUGCAUGAAGUAGAAGAUUACUUUGAGUUCGUAAAACAACAUGUACGACAGAAUCCUUCCAUCGUUCCAGAACAAGAAUCCCCGAAGAUUGAAAUAAUCCAUGGAAAGACUAUCGAGGUUCUUCAAAGCAUGUUCCAGGCGCAUCUUGCAGUGAUCACAUCACAAGACCAAGUCGAACAAGUACUAGCUGGGCUGAAGAAAGAUCGUAAAAUCUCCAACGCAACUUAUAACGCUUAUGCAUAUAGGAUUUUUGAAGAGAAAUCGUGCAUUGAAGAUUUUGAUGAUGAUGGUGAAAAGUUCGCAGGAGAAGAUCUCUUACACUUGCUGCAGGUACUUGAUGUUAAAGAUGUGAUUGUGAUUGUCACGCGAUGGCAUGGACGAAUCGCACUAGGACGUACACGGUUCAAGUACAUCAACCAAACDGCUUUGGAAUUGCUUCGGGAAGCUGGUCUUGUGAAGUUGGAGUCAGCUGAUGUACGGAAGCUAUUGAAGAAGCAAGAUGAAUACUUGGAGCACUUGAAACAGCAUUGUACAUCUAUUCCAUACAUGACCCUACCACCGAAGACUAAAAUUAUGCACGGAGAAACAUUUGAGGAUCGCAAGAGCACAUUCCAAGCCCAUCUUGCUGUCAUCUCAUCGAGGGAACAAGUUGAUGAUGUUUUCAAAGAACUGAAGAAAGAUCAAGAUAUCGCGAACGCAACUUACAACAUCCAAGCGUACAGAAUAUACCAUGAAGAUACAAGUUCUAUGGUUGAAGAUUGUGACGACGAUGGUGAAUAUCUCGCAGGAGCAAGUCUUCUUCAUUUACUAGAAGUCCUUGAUGUCCAGAAUGUAGUGGUCACUGUUUCUCGCUGGCACGGGGGAAUUCCUCUGGGGCGUGACAGGUUUUCGCAUAUCCAUCGAUGCGCUUUGAAACUACUCCAAUCAGGAGGUCUUGUGGAGAGUUUGACGACUGAUCAAGAAAAGGAAAUACUAUCUCGGCUUGAUAAGUAUUUUGAUUUGAUGAAAAAGAAUGCAGUGGAUUACUAUACAGAGAUUCCAAAAUCAAGUUGUCCUGACAUCAUUCACGGAGCUCUCCUUGAAGACCGUAAGAGCACAUUCGAAGCCCACCUCGCUGUGGUCACAUGUCGAGACCAAGUGGACCAAGUGUUGGCCGAGGUAAAAAAUGACUGGCUUGUCGCCAAGGCAACCUACAACAUACUGGCCUACAGGGUUUUUGACCAAGAAAAUGACACAUACACAGAAGAUUUCGAUGAUGAUGGUGAAACUGGUGCAGGAGAGACGUUGUUACGCCUACUGCAACAAGCUGGUGCCAAGAACAUGGUUGCUGUGGUUACCCGUUGGCAUGGUGAUAUCUUAUUGGGAUCCACUCGAUUUCGUCAUAUUAACAAAUGUGUGAGUGAUUUGCUUAAAUUACCCCCAUUUGUUUGCUUAACCAAUUUACAAUCUACUCAGUGUUGAGGAUUAUUGGAUUGUUAUCUUACUAAUUGUGCAGUAAAGAAGAAAAAUGGCACCAAAGACUGCUUUACAGUCUCAAUGUUUUCAGUAUACAGCAAUUUCAAAAAACGUUGAAUACUGAAUACUGCAUACUUAAUAGUGCAUUCCAAGACCAAAGGGCAUUGUGGGUCUCAUUAAUUGAAAUAAAAAGUAAAUAUACAG